GAUAUUGACUAUAAACUUGAUGCUAAGUCUAAGGACCUUCCACCCCUGCGAAACCCAGAUAUACUUGUGGGUGAAAAUGACCUGACAGCACUUAGCUAUCUUCACGAACCAGCUGUUCUCCACAAUCUCAAAGUUCGAUUUAUAGACUCCAAACUCAUUUAUACAUAUUGUGGUAUAGUUUUAGUUGCCAUCAAUCCUUACGAGCAGCUGCCUAUCUAUGGCGAAGACAUCAUCAAUGCCUACAGUGGCCAAAAUAUGGGGGACAUGGACCCCCACAUCUUUGCUGUGGCUGAGGAAGCGUACAAACAGAUGGCCAGACCAUCUCGGAAUUGCAGUCCAGAUCCGGGAGAAAAUGAAGCUCAUCUCUUCAAGAUCCUUAGCUCCCCCUUUUCACGGCGGAUAGGCGAGGAUUCAAGUUUUGCCAUGUGCUUUUACUGCUUGUGA